CUCCCCUUGAGAAUCAGUGAUGAGAAAACUACUACGGGGAAGGAUGCGGCCCUAGUUACGGAUUUUAAACUUUUCCAAGUACAAGAAGUUAACUCCAGAGUCAACUUCCCAGGGACUUGCUUCCAGUGCUCAGAUGCGAAGGUAGAAUUAAGAGAUUUCUUGUACGAAGAAGUUUCACACUUAGAAUUGUCUUCUCUGCUGACAAAGACAAGUCAAGUGUCGUCUUACUGUGAGAACAACACAAACCCAAACCCAAAAUUGAAUAAAUCAGCAUGCAUCUGUAGAGUGAAGCUAUCUUUCCAGAAAAAAAAGUUAUUUAAAUAAGCACCUGAACUGCACACCACAUGCACAGAUUAGGAAAAGAAGAUUUUCUGUUCUCAGUCUGCACGGCAAGAAUAUACUGGAAAAAGCAGUAGAAAGCAGCAAUGAAAUAAAGGAUUGUUAUCUAGUGAAUUAUCUUCUCAUCCUCACACAAUCCAGCUCAAGCAGUACCUGCAGGUUUGUCAGCCUCUUCCAUUCACAAGUUCAGAUAUUCAUUUCCUGGCCUGGAGUAAUGCAACAUAGUAUUUGUACACUUCAUAGCCUUUGAAGUAUUAACAUGACAACCAGCAGCCACACGUGUCCAGUACCAACAGUGAAUGGACAUAUGAAUCACUAUCCAACAGCCCCAUAUCCGUUACUUUUUCCUCCCGUCAUUGGUGGACUUUCACUUCCUUCCCUUCAUGGACUCCAGGGUAACCCACCAACAAGUGGAUGCAGCACCCCAUCACCUGCAACCAUCGAAACUCAGAGCACCAGUUCUGAAGAACUUGUCCCAAGCCCACCUUCUCCGCUUCCUCCCCCUCGUGUUUACAAGCCCUGUUUUGUCUGUCAGGACAAGUCAUCUGGAUAUCAUUAUGGCGUCAGUGCCUGUGAGGGAUGUAAGGGUUUUUUCCGCAGAAGUAUUCAGAAGAACAUGGUUUACACGUGUCACAGAGAUAAAAACUGCAUUAUUAAUAAAGUCACUAGAAAUCGCUGCCAGUACUGCAGACUACAGAAGUGCUUUGAAGUGGGAAUGUCCAAAGAAUCUGUCAGAAAUGACAGGAACAAAAAGAAGAAAGAGCCUUCAAAGCAAGAGUUUACUGAAAACUAUGAAAUGACUGCAGAGUUGGAUGAUCUCACUGAGAAAAUUCGAAAAGCUCAUCAGGAAACCUUCCCCUCUCUCUGCCAGCUGGGGAAAUACACUACGAACUCUAGCGCAGACCAUCGGGUUCGACUGGACCUUGGGCUUUGGGACAAAUUCAGUGAACUUGCUACAAAGUGCAUUAUUAAAAUAGUGGAAUUUGCAAAACGAUUGCCUGGCUUUACAAGUUUGACCAUUGCAGACCAGAUCACUCUGCUUAAAGCAGCCUGCCUGGACAUCUUGAUCCUUAGAAUUUGCACAAGAUACACACCAGAGCAAGACACUAUGACAUUUUCAGAUGGCCUUACCCUAAACCGAACUCAGAUGCACAAUGCUGGAUUUGGUCCGCUAACUGACCUUGUGUUCACAUUUGCCAACCAACUCCUGCCUUUGGAAAUGGAUGACACAGAAACAGGCCUACUUAGUGCCAUCUGUUUAAUUUGUGGAGACCGCCAGGACCUUGAAGAACCAGCAAAAGUGGAUAAGCUACAGGAGCCAUUGCUGGAAGCACUGAAAAUUUAUAUCAGAAAGAGACGACCCAACAAGCCUCACAUGUUUCCAAAGAUCUUAAUGAAAAUCACAGAUCUUCGCAGUAUCAGUGCAAAAGGUGCAGAACGUGUCAUUACAUUGAAAAUGGAAAUCCCUGGAUCAAUGCCACCGCUUAUUCAGGAAAUGUUGGAGAACUCUGAGGGACAUGAACCACUGACACCAAGCUCCAGUGGAAAUACAGCAGAGCACAGUCCUAGCAUCUCACCCAGCUCAGUGGAUAACAGCAGUGUCAGUCAAUCACCACUUUUGCAAUAAGACAUUUUACAGCUACUUUAGACAUUCCUAAUACCUUAUGUACAGGGAUGAAAAAAGCAAGAAAAACAUUUUUACUGCUGCUUAGUUUCUGGACUUAAUAUAUAUAUUCUAUUAAAACUCAAAAAGUGACCAAGACAUUUUCAUAUGUAUCAGUAAUUACUCCUUGCUGUUUAAAUUCUUAAAACUAGAAAAUGUUUGAAACUCUGAAUCAGCCAUUUCAAUCGGCAACAAGAAACUAGUUAAGCUUCUAUUUUCUCUUCUGAACAACCAAGACUGCAUGGUGACAAGACCAAUCUCAAACUUUAAAUUCUGGUUACAUUUCUGACGACUUUGUACAUACAAAUGUAUGGCUCUACUUUCUAUACUGGAUGUUUGGUGCUUUCCUUUUUUGUCUUGCAUAUCUAAAAGGAUCAGGACAUCAAGUUUAUAAAAACUGGACUACUUGUACAUGUCCAGAUAAGAACAUUUAAAAAGACAUUCUGAUUUAGUUAGUAUGAAAAUGUGUCAUUGCUCUUUUUGAUGCCCUCAGUUUGCAUCUCUUAUUCCAUCUCCUUCCCCAUAAAAGUAUUCAAAAAAUACUAGCAGCAGGGACUUCUGUAUCAGUGUAACUACCAGAUCAGUUAUUCAGAUGAUAUUUGUUCUACUGUUAAUGUCACUUUAAAUUUUAAAAAGUGGUUUAUUACUUGGCUGAUGACAUAUCUACACAUUUUUUAAAAAA